UCUCAGACUCAGGCUGUUGAGCAUGUGAGCACAGAUGAGGGAGUCGAACUCGGAGUCUCACCCACAGAUCACAGACUCCUGGAAAGCAGAUCACUGGUUUUGCUGGAAUUACCACAGAAGACACGUUUCUUCCUCUGAUAUCGGCGGCUGUGUGGAGAUGCCUCACUCCAGGUGCACAGCAGGAAAUUCCUUCGCACACGUUCUUCAUUCAGGAGUUUCCUCUCGGCCUGGAAGCAACAUGCAGGACUUUGCAGUUUCCCAGUGAAUGAAGCAGAUUCACAUCCAGAGCAGAAGAGAUAAUCCUCCGAGAUGGCUGCACAUUCAGACUAUGCUGUCGAGGAGCCAGGAGCUGAGUUAGCUCAAAUGUGCACGCUGGAGAUUAGUAUGAAGUAUGAAGUCAUCUCGUCCAUUGUCUGCUCGGUUUGCCUUUCAUUCGGCCUCAUCUACUGCUUCUUCGGAUACCGCUGCUUCAAGAUGGUGAUGUUCCUCUCUGGCUUCAUGUUCGGCACAACCUCUGUCCUCCUGCUGUACCACACGGAGCCUGUGUUGGACUUCAAGCUGGGGACGGAGACCAAGGCGGGUCUAGGCCUGGGUGUGGGGGUGCUCUGCGGCCUGAUGACGAUGCUGCUGCCAGCUGUGGGACUCCUCCUCAGCGGCCUGCAGCUCGGGACCCUCCUCUCCCUCGUGGUCCUGGUGGUCAUCGGACAGUUCUACAGCCUCAGUCCCGUGUGGGUGCCUCUCAGCACCAUACUGGUCGUCAGCAUCAUCACCUCCGUUUGCACAAUCCUGUGGCAGAAGCUGUUCAGCAUCGUCUACACGUCUGUGUUUGGAGCCACCACUGUGAUGCUGUGUGUGGAUUACCUGGUGGGGGCCUUCAUGCUGCCGGAUCAGGUGUAUGACCUGCUCUGUCAGGUCACCCCCCCACCACUGUGCUGGUAUAACGGGACCAUCAUGGGGAUCUGUCCCGUGUUCAGUCUUCUAGGUCUGUUAGUGCAGUGGAGGUUUACUGCAGUAGGACUUUCUCACACAGAAGGUGCACACAGGAGACAGAAGAAACAUGGGAAGCUCAGGUACAGAGAGUGCAGGGGAAGACCUCGACCACACCGGCGGCGCAGGCCCCCCCCCCUGAAGCGUUACGCCGGAGACGUCCUGGCACCGAGUUACCUCCAGAGCCUUCAGGAGCGGCAGCUGGAAACAGGCUCGUCCAACAGCAGCAGCGUCACACACGCCCUCAUUGACUUUGACUUUGAGACGGGCUCCAUGGUGCCUCUCACUUCCUCCUCCCCUGUUUUCACCUUCUGAAACACUCAUCACUUAUUUGUAAACUACUCACAUCUGAGGAAUUCAUCGUGUUGCAGCUUUAUCUCUAAACGGCUGAAAUUCAAGAGGAAAACAAAUCCACCGUCUCUGGAUUUAAGGAGCUGGGAGAUCAUCCUCCGAAUGAUGUGAAGGUUAAUUGAUACAACUUCCACAGACACCAGACUCAUCUGAUCACAACCUCCCUCCAGCAGUUUACCUUUUCUUUCCGUACUAUUAUAUUUUCUCUCUGGAAACUGGUGAUCGAUUGCAAACAUAGACCAAAGGUGUGUGUCUAGAUUAGUUUUGGUUACAGCAGUUUCAACGUUGUGUGGUUACAAGCAAUAAAUCCACAGCAGCACAUUCGUUGAAAUAAAGGAUUCAUAUCUGAAAAAUGGGGACGAACAAGUUUCUCUGGACAUCAGCUCAGGUUGAAUUUGGGUGAAGCUAAAAGUCCAUAACUAAUUUUAUGUUAUUUAUUUUAUAUUGAAUUCAAGCAGAGUUACUGCUACUCUACAAACCUAAUUAGCAUUUAGGACUAGUUUAUCUGGUGUUCUUCAUAUUCUGCAUUCAAUUUUAGAAAAUAAAGGAAAUUUUUAAUGAGCUUUUCCCUAACUGGUUCAAUUAUAUUUAAAAAAGUCCUCAGGUUUAAAUCCUAUAAAGUAGACGCAAUACGAUAUUUCUGUUUGUUUUACAGUUUCUCCUCCAGCCUGAACAUCACUGUUACUGUUACUGUAGCGUUAAUGUUAAUGAAUCACACAACACAAAGUCUUAGUUUGUCUUUAUUCAUUUCAUGUCUAUUAAUAGAUACUUUUCACAUAUUCAUGUCUUGUUGCCACGGAAAAACAAAACAUCACAUUAUGCAAAUAUUUCUUCUAUUGUCUAGUUCAUGACGUGAAUUAUCAAUAACAAUUAUCAUAAUAACUCUCUCAUUCCUCACACAAGAGAUUCUCACAAUGUGAGGAACAUUUCCAAAGUCUAUUCUGAGGCUGACCUCACAAUAAAGAAGUUGUUUUCA